UUUGACGUACGAAUAUGAACUGUCAAAAUAUUAAAUAAUAAAGAUCAAAAAGUUUAUUUACAUUCCAAAAUAUGAAAGCAUUUAAACAAAUCCUAUUUUUAUAAUUUUGAUAAAUUUGUGUAAAAAUUUGUUGGAAUAAACGAAAAGCAUGGAUAAAUUAACAUUAAUAUCGGGAACACUUUUUAUGGCUGCAGAUGUAUUUGCUAUUGUUAGUUUAGCAAUGCCAGAUUGGAUUAUUACAGAUGUUGGAGGUGAUACUCGGUUGGGAUUAAUGUGGACAUGUAUGACAUUAUAUAAUCGACCACAAGUAUGUUUUACACCUGAUUUACAACCAGAAUGGUUGCUUGCAUUGGUUUGUAUAUUUGUUGGAUGCAUAUGUAUUACGACUACAAUUAUAUUAUUGGCUUCAUCACAUUGGGAUCGAAAUGUGGUUCCAUAUGCUAGAUGGGUGGGAUUUACUGCUAUGGUUUUGUUUUGUUUGGCUGCUGUUAUAUUUCCAAUGGGAUUCCAUAUGGAAGAAAUUGGUGGUCAACCCUAUCAAUUACCAAACAGUCAUCAAGUUGGAAUCUCAUAUAUUUUAUUUGUGUUAGCAUUAUGGAUUACAGUUAUUUCUGAAUUGUUUGCUGGAAAAGUUUGUUUACCUCAUUUUUAAGUAUAGGAAUUGAUUCUGUUUAAUAAUUAUUACAACACAUUCCGUGAUACA